UUCACUGUUUAGUUCUUGUUCAGUUUCCGUUUCUUGAGGCUCUGGCUCUGGCUCACAGUUGUGUAAGGUGGCUCAGCUGUAGCUAGCGUCCCUAUGAGGUGCAGACGACGCGGGACGGCAGAAAUUCGGAAAUGAACUCAGUGGCCUUUGACGAUGUGGCUAUAAACUUCACCCAGGAAGAGUGGGCUUUGCUGGAUCCCUCCCAGAAGAAUCUCUACAGAGAUGUGAUGGAGGAAGUAUUUAGGAACCUGACUUGUAUAGAGAAAGGGCGGGAAGACCAGAACCUUGAUAAGGACAAAAAUCUUGAGACAAAUCUAAGGCACAUUAUAGCCAACUCUGGAUACAACCUGUAUGAAAGGGAAGAAUACUCUGAGAAGCCAUAUAAAUUUACACAGUAUAGGAACUCUUUCAUUUCUCUUAUGAGUAUUCAACAUAAUGGACAUAUGAUAACGGACACUGGAAGUAAGCCUUACAAGUGUAUGCUAUGUGGGAAAGCUUUUCAUUUCCCCAGCGAAUUCAGAAUCCACUUAAGAACUCAUACAGGAGAGAAGCCCUAUGAAUGUAAACAGUGUGGGAAAGCUUUCAGUCAUUCCAGCUCCUUUCGAAAACAUGAGAGAACUCACACUGGAGAGAGGCCCUACGUAUGUAAACAAUGUGGGAAAGCCUUUAAUUGUUCUGGUUCCAUCCGAAAACAUGAAAGAACUCAUACUGGGGAGAAGCCUUAUGAAUGUAAACAGUGUGGGAAAGCCUUCAACUGUCCCAGUUAUCUUCAAAUUCAUGAAAGAAGCCACACUGGAGAGAAGCCCUAUGAAUGUAAACAGUGUGGGAAAACAUUCACUUGUUCCAGUUCUCUUCGAAAACAUGAGAGAACUCACACUGGAGAGAAGCCCUAUGAAUGUAAACAAUGUGGGAAAGCCUUUAGUUGUUCUAGUUCCUUUCGAAAGCAUGAACGGACUCAUACUGGGGAGAAGCCCUAUGAAUGCAAGCAGUGUGUGUAUUUAGAAGACAUCAAACAUCUCAUGCUGGAGAGAAGAAGCCCUAUGAAUGUAAACAAUGCAAUAAAUGGUUUAGUUCCAACACUUCACUUCAAAAUCACAGAAGAAGUCAUAAUGGGGAAAAGCCCUAUGGCUGUAAACAGUGUGGUAAAGCUUUCAGUUGUCCCAGUUACAUUUGAAAACAUGAACGAGCUCAUGCUGGGGAAAAAUCCUGUCCAUGCAAACAGUGUGGUAAGUGCUUCAGUGCUUCCUGUUCUCUUCAGAUACACGAAAGAAUUUAUACUGGAGAAAAAGCCCUAUAAAUGUGAACAAGGUGCUAGAGCAUUCAGUUGCUCCACUUCCAUUAGGAAACAGGAACAAAUUCAUAGUGGGGAGAAAUCCUAUAAAUUAGUGUAGGAAAGCCUUUGCUUCCAGUUAGAAUUGAUUACUAACAGUCUUAUAAGUUAUUCAUUACAGUCUUAUGAAUGUAAAUUCUAGCAAAUCCUUAGUUUCUCUAACAGGUUUUUGUUUGUUUGUUUUAACAAAAAUCACAAAGCACACUGGAAAUGGACCUUUGAAAUGUGAGGUAUGUAAAAAAAUGCCUUUCACAUUUCACAGUCCCAGUAUAUUUAGAGCACAUCAAAUAAACUCAUGUAGGAGAGAAACAAUGUGAAUGCAGACAAUGUGGUAGAUCCUUCACUUCUUCCAGGUAUCCUCAGAACCAUUAAAGAAUUCAUGUUGGAGAGUAUCCCUAUUAAUGAAAGCACUAGAGAGCCACUUACUACAAUUGCCUUGUAAACAUGAGUAAACUUGUACCGGAGACACAUCCUUUGAGUACAAAUAAGUAUGGUAAAUAUCACAUUUUCCAUUUGCCCUCAAAGACACUAAAUACUCCUUGGACAAUAAAUCAUCAGAGUAUCUGUAAUGAAUAUGAAAAAAGUGUUUUCUUAAUUUUCAUAAAGGACAUAAACAAGGUUCACCCUGAACAAUAAGAAAGGCCAUGUUUGUGAGAAAGAAAGGUAAAGCUUCAAAUGUCACAGUUCUCUCAGAUUAUGUGAAAGAACACAUACUAGCUAAACACUAGGAAUAGGAAUGUGGGGGGAAGCAUUCAGGUUUUCAGUGCUCUUCAAAGGUAUAAAAAGGACCAGAGGGAAAAAAGUCUAUAGGUCUAAGUAAUAUGGGUAGGCCUCAAUUUUUACACUUCUUUCUGAGAAGCAUAGAAGAACCCUGGAGAAAAGUCUGAGUGUAAGAAAUAUCAGAAAACCUUCAGUUUUCUCACUCUUAUUUGAAGAUAUGAUAGGACUCAUCUAGAAAAAGACUAUUGGGUACAGAAAGUCUACUGAGUUCAUUUCUCAUUGAAAGGUAUGUGAUACACUGGAGAUGGCCGUGCAUUACAUUGACUUUACAAUGUGAAAACAAUGUUUUUCUGGGUUAAAGCAUGGAAUGUGUCUUUUUAUAUUAGAUACAAUUUUGUAGUAUUUUGUUGAGAUUUUUUUACAAACUGUAUUCAAAGAUUUAUGUAUCUUGGUAUAGUAUAUAAUAUAGUAUUAUUUAGUACAUACAGUGUAUGCAUGUAUAUAUGUGUAUCUGUAGGAUACAGUAUAGUUUGUAUAUGAGUAGUAUAUAUUAUAUAACUAGUUUACAUGGUAUGUAAUUAAAUGUAGUCACUAUUUUACUAUAGUAUUAUACUACAUGGCUAUGCUAUUGGAGUCUUAUCAGUGUGUAGAAUAAAGUAUUUGAGUUACCCACCCCA